AUGGCCCCCAGUCACGUGCCCAGUGAUCCUCUCGCCCUCCAGGGACAGAACGUCUACACCGACCCGUCCUACGAGAAUCUCUUUCCUGUCGACCAGUACCGCUCGCAGUCGUGGAAUCCCGCCCAGCUCAACCAACACUCGGGCCUGGUGCCGAACAACUCGUCCAAUCAGUCCUGGCAUCACAACUCCUUCCCGCAACAGUCUUACAACCCGAUAAGCCAGCCGUACCCGAACCAAGGCCAUGGCUUCCGGACCGCUUCCCCUUACCCGUACGGCCAAUUCACCAACCACGGAUCGGUGGGCAACUAUGCCCACGCUGCGAACGUGGACCCUUCGCUGGGCAUCGAUCCCGCCGCCGUGCGCCAGCAACAGCCGUCUCCCUACCAGCUGCCCCCACAGAAUGCACCCCAAGCGCAUUCAAAUUCGGUGACCCCACAACCGUUGCAGCAAGGCUCAGCAGCGCAGAAUGCUCGUCCCACUCCUGCGCCAUCCCCUUACCAGAUUCCAAAAACCACAGCUGAGCUAUUCGCCCAGCGUGCCGUGCCUACAGCAUUUGCUAAGCCUGUGAAGAACCCAGAGUAUGAGAUCCCAAAGGGCAGGAAAUCGGGCGGCUUUGUUGUGCUUGAUCAAGCUGCUUUGGCGAAAGCCACCAAGUCCACUGCUCUGAAUAAAUUCGUGACUCUUGGCUCUGAAGCCCUGCAUCUAGCAUCUAAUAGAACCGCGCUGCCGCUCUAUAAUCCCCGCCAGUCGGUAAAAGACUUGAAGAAAGCGGGGGCCGACAAGAAGCUGCUAGCUAAAACGUCAUCCACGAAACCGCCCACGUCCGCCGGAGCCAAGACCGCCAGGAGAGAGGUCAGCGACACUGAAAGCUACGAUUCAUCCGACGACGACAGUGAGUACACCGACGAUGAGGACUCAGAGUCACCGCUGCCAGCCAUCCGACCCGACGAGCCUCACGAGGCAGUUCGUUAUGAUAUUAUCAAGGCGACAUGGUAUCCUCGCACGUCGCAGCCGAGCUCUGAGAAGAUCAAAUCGAGCCUGCGUGAUGCCUGGGAGGUAUUGAAUACGAUUCAGAAGCGGUGGCGGAAUGACAGCAAAGCCGUUGCUGAGGCCGAGGAACAGAAGAAGGUCGGCGAGCUGCCCGUCCUCAAGAGUCGCGUCACGAGCCAGCGCGACCUCCUUCAGUCUGCGUUGAAGUCGGCCUUGGAGUAUGCGCAUCCCGAUGUUCUCUAUCACUUUGGCCAGGUGAAGCAAUUCCUUUACCUGUGCUAUCUGUUUUUAGCGAAUCGAGUCAAGAUGAAGGACUUCGAUGGGCCUUUGCCGUCCGUCAUCUUGCAAAUUUUAGCUCGGUGUGCAGGCACUUCGACCACUGAAGCACUUGAAGAUACAAAAGUCAUCAAAGCGCUCAACGCGAUGAAGAAGAACGUCAAUGAUAAGAACAAGGCGCUCAUUCAACAAAUCAUCGAUGGCGCUGCUGCUGGCUCCAAGAAAGCGAAAGUGAGCUCUCCACCAGAAAUUGAGGUCACCGGGGAAUCGAGAAGUGUAAAGCGGCCAGCAACUCAAGCUGCAAAUCGACCGACGAGCGAUGGCCCGGCCGCCAAAAAGUUGAAGCCAACCGAGACAACGACAAACGGGGAAAAGAAGCCUGCUACGACCACAUCAGCGCCCAAGACCGCUGUCCCUGCAGGCAUGGCACAGAAACGGCCCGGUGAAAAGCCUUCGCCGACCGCAGCCAAAGCUCGGGGAAACCAAGUGGUGAACAAGCCCUCUACACUCUUUGCCUCACUCAACGCUGCGAGCAAGAAGCCGGGUACCGGUGCAACCUCCGCGUCGACCGCGAAGAUGACCACGAAAACAGCCGUCGCCGCUGCGAAGGAAAAGAAGUCUGCCCCCGCUGCACCGGCCAAGCCCGCUUUUUCCUUUGCAGAGACCAUGGCUCAACUUCUCAAGCCUAAGGAAGAGGAACCAGCAGCACCGACGAAGACCGAGAAGCAGCUACCGCCAGAGACCCCCGAAGAGAAAGCUAGACGUUUACGGAAGGAAUCGCGACGUCACUUGCGCGUGGCGUUCCGUCCUGAUGCAAGCCUUGUCAGUAUUCGGUACUUCAAUCAUGACCCGAACGAGGAAUCCGGUCACGAUGAGAACUUCCUCCGGGAUGCGGGCGACAUUGGUGGUGAAGGCCGCAUGUUCAGGCAGCACAAGGACCUGGUAGACGAUGAGGAUGAUGAUGAUCUUGAAGUGGAAUAUCGUCCUUGGAAGGAGCCCACCCUAGUCGACUUCAGCACCGUUGAUGCCGAGGAGCGGAAACGUAACUACGAGCCAUAUGGCGGCGGCGAAUGCAAGCCUUCGUGUCCCGAGAAAGAGGCAAACGCACGACACGAGAAUUCUACGCUAAUGGUCUUUUACACGCACCCAUCCGACAUCCCUUCAUCUCCUCGUGAGCCUCUGGAGCAGCAGACUCAAUCGUCUACAUCUGCCCCGGUUACGAAUUUUGGCCUGCCGCCCGAGCUGGUCAGAAGCAGGGCGCCCAAAGGCGCAACACCCACGCCGACGCCCGACUUUAGCAGUCUGGAGAACAUCUUCAAGCAGUUCUCCGUUCCUACGACCAACCCCGCCUCGACCACGGCAAGCCAAAACACCUACGUAGCCUCAGCGGUGACUGCUCCUUCGGUCCCCGCAGUUCCCGAUCUUGCGAGUAUUCUCAGUGCAUUGAAUGGUCAAGCUCAAGCACAAGCCCCGGCCCAGGUGCCAGCGCCCUUCCCUUCUGCGCAGCAGCCGGCGGCGGCGGCGCCAGCACUUGAUUUCAACGCCAUCAUGUCGGCGAUUCAAGGCAAUACUGCUUUGCCGCAACCUCCACCACCGCCGGGGUGGCCAGUGUUUCCUCCCGUGUUCCCGCAGCCACAGCAGGAUGGCGGGGUUGCGUACCAGGCACAGCCGCAACCCCAGCAUAAUCAACAUGGUCAUGGCGGACAUAAACGACAGCGGGAUGACGGAAAUGGCCAUGAGGAUCGCGGCUCGAAGAGGCACAGGGGAGGAGCAGGAGGGGGAGGAAAGCCGCACAAGGUCAUCCCGUGCAGGUUCUUCCAGAAGGGCAUGUGCAACAAGGGUGACGAGUGCACCUACAUCCACGACGUCAACAUGUGA